AUGGAAUUCAAUUUUAUUAAUAAAAUUUGUAGAAGCAAGAUGAAAACCAUAACUGAUUGUGACAUAGAAGCUGGAUUUGAAGAUUGAAUGUCAGAUGAAGGUCAACUUAAUCAAAAAUCCUUAGCAAAUUUUGAUAAUGAAGGCAGCACUCAAUCAUCGACAAGUGCAGCAAUUAUAGCAAACUUAACUAAAGGAAGGAAAAAAUCAGGUCGAAGCCCAGGGCAUGACACUCUGUUGCUUUCUUGUUUCAAAAGCCAUAAAAAUCCUAAUAAACCACCAAAAAAAGAGUAUUUAAGGUGCCAGCUUAUUCGGCACCACAAAAAGCUAAACCGUUGUAUCAAAGACAUUAAUUGUCCAGAUAAAAAUAUGGGCAAUUUUAACAGAUAUAAUGAAGAAGCUUGCAGAUUAUAUGAGAUUUUAAAGAAUAUUUUUGAAAAAAAUCAAAAUAUCCUUGAAGUAGAAUCGCAGACAGAAUCUGGACCAAUGACUGAUGGUAGAAGUAAAAGAAAUACAAAUGAGGAGCAAGCCGAAAAAAGUUAUAACACUAAAUAUAUUCAAUCCUAUUUCAGAAAUGAAGCAGUUAAACAAUCGUUUUUUUAUUUCGUAGAGUUGGUAUUUUCUGACUCCAAUCCACAAAUUUUGUGUGAGAAAUUCGGGUUUUGCUGCUGCUUAUCGCAGACUUUGCAGGAGCAUAGUGAUUCAUGCUUCGAAAAUUGGGAGAAUCUUAAAAUAUAUGUGCAAAUUAAAAUGCUUGAGGAUUUGAAAAUCGAUGCUUGGAAGCCAGAAGGUUUCGUUCCAAAAAAAGCGGCAAAAAAACUAAGAGAGCAAAGCCCUGCAAUAUUUGAAUUUGAAGAUGAAACCCUCUUGCAAUUUAAUGCGGAUCCAGAAGAAACAGAUAUUGGGAAUUACAAGAUUUAA